GAUAAGAGGGACUCACUAACACCAAAUAGAACCAGAAAAAUCAGCCAAGCCAGAGUCACCAUGUCAAGAGCAGAGGAUGAACGCUGCAGCAGCAACCCAGGCUUGCUCCAAACCUCAACGCCAGAAGUUGAAAACAGCCUUGGCAGUUCAAAGAAAAUGUGCAUCUCCCGGCGGAUAUUGCUGCUUAUGCUCACCUUCCUGGCAUAUACGAUUGAUUCCGUCUCUGCAUAUAGUCCUGCUGAAACUCUUUGUGGUGGAGAGCUGGUGGAUACACUACAGUUUGUCUGUGGGGACAGAGGCUUUUAUUUCAGUAGGCCUGUGGGUAGAAACAGAGGAAGACUCAAUCGUGGCAUUGUGGAGGAGUGCUGCUUCCGGAGUUGUGACCUGAAUCUUUUGGAAACUUACUGCGCAAAAUCUGUCAAAUCAGAACGGGACCUCUCUUCAUCUCUUGUGGGUUUACCAGCACUAAACAAGGAUAUCUUCCAAAAGCCUUCCCAUCCCAAGUACUCAAAAUACGACAUUUGGCAGAAGAAGAGCUCACAGCGCCUUCAGCGAGGGGUUCCCAAUGUCCUCCGGGCCCGCAGGUAUCGAUGGCAAACUGAAGGACUGCAGGAAUCUGAAGAGUCCAAGAACCAUCGCCCAUUGGUUGUCCUGCCGACACAGACACCUCUGCCUGUGCACACCACCUCAGAAACGUCAGGCAGCCAGAAGUGAACUGUGCUGAACUAUUUGCAAAAAUGACUAUUAUUAUUUU